AUGGCUUCGAAAUGGAUUAUCGCUCUCCUAAUAGGAAAUACUGCAGCACAGUACUUCCCACCUACACCGGAGGGUUUGAAGAUUGUUGAUUCGAAGCACCACAAGGGGGUGAAGAUCUCAUACAAACAGCCGGGAAUUUGCGAAACAACCCCCGGGGUAAGAUCGUACUCGGGAUAUGUGCACUUGCCUCCAGGCUCCCUGGACGACGUGAAUGUCGACCAAGACUACCCGAUCAAUACGUUCUUUUGGUUCUUCGAGGCUCGUCACAACCCGAAGAAUGCCCCACUCUCGAUCUGGAUGAACGGAGGGCCAGGUAGUUCGUCCAUGAUCGGUCUUAUGCAGGAGAAUGGCCCCUGCAUAGUGAAUGAGGAUUCUAAUUCUACCGAACUGAAUCCCUGGUCGUGGAACAAUUAUGUCAACAUGCUGUACAUUGAUCAGCCGAACCAGGUCGGUUUCAGCUACGACGUCCCCACCAACGGCACCUUUGAUCAGGUCUCUGGGGCCUGGAAUUUCUCCCAGUGGACCCACGGGGUGCCCACCCAGAACAACACUUUUUAUGUCGGCACGACAGCCAGCCAGAAGGCGUCUGCUUCUGCGAACAGUACUCAAAACUCCGCGCGAUCCCUGUGGCAUUUCGCUCAGACGUGGUUCACGGAGUUCCCCCAUUAUAAGCCGCAUGAUGAUCGCGUGAGCAUCUGGACUGAAUCUUAUGGCGGUCGCUACGGCCCAUCUUUCACGGCCUUCUUCCAAGAACAGAACGAGAAGAUCCAGAAUGGCAGCAUUGAUGCCCCGGAAGAUUCGCAUUAUAUUCACCUCGACACCUUAGGCAUCAUUAACGGCUGCAUUGAUCUGCUGGUCCAGGAGCCGACUUACCCCGUGAUGGCAUACAACAAUACUUACGGUAUUGAGACCAUCAACAAAACAGUUUAUGACAAUGCCAUGGAAACAUGGAGUCGUCCCGGUGGUUGCAAAGAUCUGAUUCUCGAAUGUCGCGCCCUGGCCGCAGAAGGCGAUCCCCAAAUGUACGGACACAACGCGACCGUCAACAAGGCAUGCCAAAAGGCCGACCAACUCUGCUCCAACAACGUCGAGGGCGCAUACGUGGAGUUCGCUGAUCGCGGUUACUACGACAUAACCCACAAGAACCCUGAUCCAUUCCCACCAUCAUACUUCCUGGGCUGGUUGAACAAGCACUGGGUGCAAGGUGCUCUCGGUGUUCCUAUCAACUUCACCGAGUCCAGCGACGGCGUCUACAAUGGCUUUUCGUCCGUAGGAGACUAUCCACGAUCCGACGUACACGGCUAUCUAGAAGACCUGGCAUAUGUACUCGAUGCCGGCAUCAAGGUCGCCCUCGUCUAUGGUGACAGCGACUAUGCCUGUAACUGGAUUGGUGGAGAAGAUGUCAGUCUUCUAGUCAAUCAUUCCAGUGCCGAUGCUUUCCGGUCUGCUGGAUAUGCACCUCUCCAUACGAACUCAUCCUAUAUUGGCGGUCAGGUUCGCCAGCAUGGCAACUUCUCCUUCACUCGCGUUUAUAACGCGGGUCAUGAGGUUCCGGCCUACCAGCCCCAAACCGCUUAUGAGAUCUUCUAUCGCUCCCUCUUCAACCGUGAUUUGGCUACCGGCAAGAUUGAUACCGCUCGGAACGCAUCCUAUGAGACACAAGGGCCUGCGUCUACCUGGCAGAUCAAGAACAAGGCAGAUGAGAGCCCGGAUCCCGUUUGCUAUAUUCUUGCACUUGGGGCAACUUGCACUGAUGAUCAGAUUGCAAGUGUGCUAAAUGGCACUGCGGUCAUUCAGGAUUACAUUGUUGUAGAUGGAAAGUCGGAGUAG